AAAGAAUAAAGGGAAAGAAAGAAGAAUAGAGGGAAGAGUGUUUUGAUUUAAGUGAGUCACGCGGAGGAAAGAAAGGAAGGCUAACUCUGUAUCUAGCUGGCUGUCGGAGAGAUCCCUCUGACCACGUGACUCACCACCUCAUCUUUCACCUCUUUUUAAGUUUUAAUAACUACUCUCACAACUCUCUCUCUCACUCACUCUCUCUAACCCCCAUCGCUUUCUCCAUACCUUCCUCCUAAACCCAAAACUAUCACAUCUCUCUCCGACGGAUUCAUUCAGAUUCAAAUUCUCUUUCACUUCAAUAUCACCAUUGUUGCCUUCAAACGCUUCGAUCUUCUUCUACGGUUAUGGGAUCUCCAGCUUGAAGUAGUUAGAGCUGCUUAAGUACAUGUUUCAAUGAUUUGUGGUUUCAGAACUACCUUUUACUUUGAUACAUCUCUAAUGGAUCAAGAAGUGUAGAGAAAUGGUCUUAAAUUUGAAAUUUAUAAGAACAUGGAGGGGACACGAGAAGAUGCACGGCCGUCAGAGCAAAGGCAAUCCAAUGUGUCACACUGGCCUUCAGAUUUCGUUGGAAAAUUUGGAUCUGUUUCUUUGGGACCUCAAGAUGAGACCUUAAGUAAUAAAGAAUCACCUAGAUAUUCUAACCAAGAUUUUAUGUCACCUCAGAGGGCAUCACAAGUUCUCUGGCACACUGGAAUGCUAUCUGAACCAAUACCAAAUGGUUUUUACUCCGUUGUUCCGGAGAAAAGGCUCAAGAAACUUUUUGAUAGUAUUCCUACUCUGGAGGAUCUUCAAGCUUUGGGUGGAGAGGGGUUUAAGGCUGAUGUCAUUGUUGUGGAUGCAAAGAAAGAUAGAAAGUUAUCUAUGCUGAAGCAACUAAUUGUCACAUUGGUCAAGGGAUUGAGCACAAAUCCAGCUGCAAUAAUUAAGAAGAUAGCUGGAUUAGUUUCUGAUUUCUAUAAGCGGGCAAAUGUAGAAAGUCCAGCAAAAGCUGCACUUGAAGAAUCCUCUCACAUGUUUGAAAGUCGCGGUGUCCAGAUGCUGGGGCAAAUAAAGCAUGGUUCAUGCCGUCCUCGAGCUAUCUUAUUUAAAGUAUUAGCAGAUACUGUAGGUCUUGAAAGUAGGCUUAUGAUGGGUUUUCCAAAUGAGGGGGCUGCUGAUUGUGUAGACUCUUACAAGCAUAUGUCUGUGAUAGUUGUGUUAAAUUCUGUGGAACUGCUGGUUGAUCUAAUGCGCUUUCCUGGCCAACUGUUACCACGAUCAAUCAAGUCAAUUCUUAUGACACACAUUUCUGCAGCGGGAGAGAGUGAUUCAGCAGAAAAUGAUUCAUGUGAUUCACCAUUAGAACCAAACAGUCCUUUAUAUGGAGUUUCAGAGAGUGCUGAAAAAGACGAACAUCUCCAAUUCCAUAGAAGAUUUGAAACAUCUUUAAAUGUAUCUGGUCCUAGCUUGCGAAGCAUGAUGUUACGAUCAAAUUCCAAUCUGGAAGGGAAAUUAAGUUUGUCUCAUAGUGAACCCAACAUUGCAACUUCAUUUGGUCGGCGCAGUCGAAGAAAGGUCAUUGCUGAACAGAGGACUGCUAGUUCAAGUCCUGAACAUCCAUUAUUUCAAGCUCGUGGGCAGUCUAAGCUUGGCCGUGACAAGACUGCAUUUAGAGAUUUUGCUGACGACCAGGCUACAUCAAGAUCCAGCUAUAAGUCAGAUGGUGCAUCCUCAUCAGAAGCUCGUAGAAUACGACGAAGAAGCAUCAGUAUUACACCAGAGAUUGGUGAUGAUAUUGUAAGGGCUGUGCGAGCAAUGAAUGAAAAACUAAAGCAAAACCGUCAUCUAAGGGAACAAGGGGAUGAUGGUUCCUUGCCUCAUUCUCCCAAUGAUAGAAUUAACAGUGCAGAGCUUCAGAAAAAUCUGUCAAAUUUCUGUCAUGCUGGUCAUCAUGGAACAUCCCCCUUAUUUCCGCUGCAUCGUGACAAUGCAAAUUCUCAGAAGGCAAUGUCAUUACCCUCUUCACCACAUGAUUAUCGAGAUCAAACUUCCGAGACAAGCAGGCCACCGCGAUAUGAAUUGAAUGAUGAACUGGAGUCAACUUGGAAUAAAAUCCUUGAAUCAUCAAUGUCGAAUAAUAAACCUCUAUUACCAUAUGAAGAGUGGAACAUUGAUUUCUCAGAAUUGACUGUUGGAACUCGAGUUGGGAUCGGGUUCUUUGGAGAAGUUUUCCGUGGCAUAUGGAAUGGCACAGAUGUUGCAAUCAAAGUUUUCCUUGAGCAAGAUUUAACUGCUGAAAACAUGGAAGAUUUCUGCAAUGAGAUAUCCAUUCUCAGCCGACUCAGACAUCCUAAUGUCAUCUUAUUUCUUGGUGCAUGCACAAAACCUCCACGGUUGUCAAUGGUGACCGAAUAUAUGGAAAUGGGAUCUUUGUUCUACUUGAUUCAUGUGAGCGGUCAAAAAAAGAAGCUUAGUUGGCGAAGAAGACUAAAGAUGCUGCGUGACAUAUGCAGGGGCUUGAUGCAUAUUCAUCGAAUGAAGAUUAUUCACCGUGAUGUGAAAAGUGCUAAUUGCCUCGUGGAUAAGCAUUGGACAGUGAAAAUAUGUGAUUUUGGACUUUCUAGAAUAAUUAUAGAUUCUCCAAUGAAAGAUUCUUCUUCAGCUGGAACACCUGAAUGGAUGGCUCCUGAACUAAUUCGAAAUGAACCGUUCACUGAAAAAUGUGAUAUCUUUAGCUUAGGGGUGAUAAUGUGGGAGCUCUGCAACUUGAGUAGGCCUUGGGAAGGCGUCCCUCCAGAGAGGGUGGUUUAUACUGUUGCUAAUGAGGGUUCCAGAUUGGAGAUUCCUGAAGGUCCGCUAGGCAGGCUGAUUUCAGAGUGCUGGGCUGAACCGUAUGAGCGACCAAGUUGUGAGGAGAUAUUGUCUCGCUUGGUGGACAUCGAGUACUCAAUGUCCUGAAGCUGCGGUUAUCUUUUGUACAUAGUGAACUCUGGAUAGAGUUAUCACAUUGUAUGAUGUUGUAAACUAAUAAAUUUUAUGCUCUCAGAUCAUGUUUAAACUCCAUGCAUUGGUGCGUCCCUCUUCCUUUGCUGCAAAAUCAUAUCUUAUGCUAGGCAAUGAAAGAGGAGGAUAAAAAAAGGGCUAUGGUUGCUUUUUAUCCAGUUCUUAUUACACAACCUUUGACCAUUUUUAGAUGAUAGUUGAAAAUUUUGAAAGUAA